CUUCCGUAUCCUGCGCAGUUUGUUGUUACUGUUUAUCAGCUGUUGUUGCUGCAGUGGUACAUCUUUUCAAGUAGGCGUAAAAAUCGCUCUCAGUCGUUGGUUUUUCACAAAAUAGCAAAACAAAAAAUGAUUUACAUUUGAUGCUACAUUUACAUGGAAACGUGACGAAAAUGGUGACAAUAGGUUAGUCCCAUUGUCCAGUAAUGAGUUGUAGCUAAAUGCUAACCAAACAUGUCAGAUUGCGCUGUAUUAAAAUGCCAUCCAGAGCUAGGAACAUCCUUUCACUAUUUACCCAAAGACCCCGUUCAGAAGCAGAAGUGGUUAGAUUUCAUUUAUAAAUACCGUGUCGAUGUCGAUGAAAACAUAGAGGGAAUACGUGUGUGUAGUGCCCAUUUCAGCAAUGACAGCUUCCAAAACCACAUGCAGAAAGCGAUGGGUUUUGCAAAAAAAUUGAUUUUGAAACACGAUGCUAUUCCAACCAUCUAUCCACAUGUCGCAGCAGUAAGUGGCAGGCAAAAUGGAGCUGCAGUUUCACUUGUCAAAAAAACCGACGUGGCCUGUCAGUCUUACCCAGUAUGUGCACGUGAGAUCGGCCUCCAGUGCUUUUUACCUGCUAAGAGCGUACGCACGGUUGGGACCCAGUUGUCAGAGGGAACUUUAAUGAACAGAAAAAGCCAUGGUGGACAAACCAGGCUAACCAUAAAGGGAGUGGGGGCGGAGCAACCUCUAGUACCGGAUCAUCAUCGUUACCAAGAGGGGCCAGAGUCCCUGAGUGACCCCGAAAGCUCCUCAGAUCCCCCCAGUGACGCCACCUCGGAGGAGUCGGGCAUCUCUGAGUCAACCAGCGACGUCUCGAAGUACAUCGUUUACGACAGCAGUUUGCUACGGCUGCUGGACCGCUGCCCCACCUGCAGCCACAAAUGUCAGGUGAACACGCGCGUCAAGGGCUCCUUCCUCUCCGUCCAUCAGCAGUGCCGGCACUGUGAGUUCAGCAUUCAGCACUCUGAAGGACACCUGGACUGAGGAGCACAGGGAGGCCCGUUGCCGUCGCUCCGGCUCGGUGUAUCAUGCAGACGGGAGGUAGAGUUGGAGUUUUGCCUACCCUUGCAGUAACAGGUGGAGCUCGCCAUGACUUUUGGGGAUCGAUUUUGGGACGAUGAUGGCAAUAAUAAUGGUGGUAAGUUAUAGGGUUCAAGCUGUAAGGGUUUUAUUUUGCGGGAGAUGAUUGUUCGGGAGAACACUACAGGAACCAACUGGAUACAGAACUUCAGGUCGUUGUAUUGCUAACCGUUAGGUUGUAUUUUGCACCAAUUUUUUUCCCAUACCCGCAGCCUGCGUUUUUUAUUCUGUGUUUUUCAGACAUAAUAAGGGAGGUAAAAUGGUAAGAUCAUGGGGGACGAUCCAACACUUUAAUCAGCUUCAUCCUCGGUCGUAAUUGUGUCCACCAAUGCACUUGGUGCAGUAAGUUAACGGGGAUACAUGUGUGCUGCUUACUUUACCAGACAACCGCAUAAACCGACGGCUCUCUAUGUAUCGUGUUAACCCAUCAUAGGUGCAGUAUACCAAUUUGAUGACUUACUUGGCUAUGAUGUUUCCAUAUAUUAACACAUUGCCUAACAUCAAUAGCAUAUUUAUGGCAGAAUACAACUGUUAUCAUCACUAUACUAUAUCAUACAUUUCCAAAGGUGAACCAGAAAGCUUGGUUUACGUCAUCAAAUAUCAACAUGAAACCCUUUUGGAGGCGGGAAGUAGCUUAUUAUCAUAAGCUAAGGGCUGUUUCGUUCUCAUUAUGACCAAUGUGUUCCUAUUGAUCCAGGGGGUGAUCUGUAAGUGCACAGUAAGAUCUUUAAAGUUAUUUUCUUUAAGUGAGUUCAUUGUCUAUGUGUUGACGCUCAUAUUGGUUUGAUUUGGUGUCUGGAUAGUUUGGGUAACGCUCACCCUCCGGGACCCAACUGUGUCUCCAGGGUGGAGGUGUACUGUAAACUGACAGCAGUGUCUUAACAACGUUGUUCUGCCUUAUAAAAGCUCUCUGGGGUCUUCACACAGCGUGCUUGUUCUCUUAAACACCUCUUUGGCAAUUCACUGUCGGUGCACUUACCUAUUGUUUUCCGAAGUUGCUGGGUGUUUUCUCCUGAUUGUAUUAGGCCAGAUGCACUGAUGCAGGGGCUUUUCUUUGACCCACGAACGCUUGGUGCUGGUGCAGUUUAAAGGAUCACACCUACCUGCACAAGUCUGCGUUCUGCUGGAGUUUAUGGAGUUUUUAAAUUGUUUUGAAUUAUUUUUUACUUGCUAAAUUAUUAUUGUACCUUUGGUCCUCUAGGAGUUCACUGUGUUCCUCUACACUCUUAAUGUUUUAAGAUUGUCAGGAAAAUGUCAUCAUAUUUCUUUGUAGCUGGUGCUUGUUAAAAAUAAAAGUAUCUUAUCAUACGUUUCUAAAUUGCUUUGGGUUAUUUUUUUCUGGUAGUGAGAUGAACACCUUUAUUUCUGUGGGGGCAGUAAAAUUAUCCAAAACAUAUCUUCUUGAUUUAUUGGGCUUUCUCCAAAUGGUGAAAAAGGCUUUGUAUUGUUUUAAUAGGUUUGGGAUUUCAGCAGGAAACCUAAAAAUAUCAGGGAGAUGUCUGUGGCUGCAAAACAUGUCACACCUUAAUCUAAUCACAGACCAGGCAAAUAUUGCCCAGUGUAUUGGUUCCGUACACACUCAAUUGUGUGUGUGUCUUUGGUGAGGAGUGCAUGUGGUGAUUAACUGACAGCACCAGUAGUAUAUCUGUUAACAUCUUCCUCCUCUCCAUUAUCCUGCUUGUCUGCACUCUCUCUGCAAUUGUGUGUGUGUUUGUGUGUGUGGCAACCGUUUUCCAUACAACUCAAGGGCCUGCUUAGCCUCCAUCGGUGUGUCUGUGCCGAUAGAAGCAAAGCAGCGGUCGAUCGCAGAUCAUGUUUGCUCUUUGUUCUUGCCAUGUGGGUCACAUGACAAAGGAGCUACAUGGGGAAAACACAUGUCGCCACGGCGAUAACCUUAAAUGUAAGUGAAUGUAUAUAGGGGUGGUAAUGGACGGAUUAAAGGAACAAAAACGACAGACGGGAAGGGAGAAGUGGCUGUCACCGACCCAUCUCCCAACACUUCACCCAACAGAAGUACUGCAACACACUGAAAAUAUGUCUCCCUCAACUACCUUAACUGUAGAUUAUGUAAUAUUACUUAAGUUUUUUAGUAUUUAAUAUCAAUAUUUUUGUGGAUAUUGACAUACUUUCUGGUCAUGUUUACAGAAAGUAUUAUUUGUAGGAUGAU